AUGAUCAAAGGAUUAAAGGCAUUAGCGAAGGAACACCUAGACAAAUGGGAACAUGGCUGUAAUAUUUCGUCGGUGGUUGGUGGAGUGGCCGGAAUUGGUGGUGGAGCCGCUGUCAUAGGCGGUGUUAUUUUGAUGCCACCCGUUGCGGUCGCAGGUCUCGCAGUUGGUGGUGUUGCAGCAGCAUCGAACAUGGCUACAGGUCUCUUCAAAUUGCACAAUCUCAAGAAGAAUGUUCUGGCUGCAAAGGAAAUGCUAGAAAGUAACAACAUAGAGAUGAGAGAGAAAUGUGCGACCAGCAAUUUGAACCGAGAAACCGUGAUAUCCAGCGGACGAGUUGGAGCGGUCUCGCUUGCUGGAGGAGCAGUUCGUCUUGUACUCAAGGAAUCGGU